GAAUCUAAUGGACUUGCUGAGUUUGAAACAGUUGAAAUAGUUAAGAGCAAUCUUUCAUUAUUAAACUUUAAGUAUCAUAUGAUAUUACCUUCUAAUUUAUGCAUUGAUAUUUCAAAGCUUGGUUCUAUUCUUGCUAGUGAUUUGUAUCCACCUCCAUUUAAAAUUGUCUUUAGAGCUGAUCCCAUUGAAUCUAUUAGAAGGUUUUCAAUUAUAUUUGAAUCUAAUGGAAAGAAAACUUGA